CCGGCCGGGGCGCACGGAGAGCGCGCAGCCCUCGCUGCUGCAGCGGCGGCCCGGCCGCGGCGCAUCCGGGCGGGGACCCGAGGCGAGUCCCACGCGGCGCCCCGGAGCCGCCGGCAGCGGCGCCCGCUCCGGAGAAGCGGGGCCACCGAGGGGCCCCGGCGACUGGCGUCGGCGCGGCGCUGAAGCUCCGCGGCGGCCACCUCGGCGUCGCCGCCCGUCCCUGCCGGGCCGGGUCCCAGAGCCGUCGGGCAUGGAGCCGUGGAAGCAGUGCGCUCAGUGGCUCAUCCACUGCAAAGUGCUCCCCGCCAACCAUCGGGUGACCUGGGACUCGGCGCAGGUGUUCGACCUGGCGCAGACCCUCCGCGAUGGAGUCCUGCUCUGCCAGCUGCUUAACAACCUGCGGGCACACUCCAUCAACCUGAAGGAGAUCAACCUGAGGCCUCAGAUGUCCCAGUUUCUCUGUCUGAAGAAUAUCCGGACAUUUCUGGCUGCCUGCUGUGAGAUGUUUGGAAUGAGGAAAAGUGAACUUUUUGAAGCAUUUGACCUAUUUGAUGUUCGUGACUUCGGAAAGGUUAUAGAAACACUGUCUCGGUUAUCCCGCACACCAAUUGCUUUGGCCACAGGAAUCAGGCCCUUCCCUACCGAAGAAAGUAUAAAUGAUGAAGACGUCUACAAAGGCCUUCCCGACUUAAUAGACGAGACCCGCGUGGAGGAUGAAGAGGACCUCUAUGACUGUGUGUACGGAGAGGAUGAAGGUGGAGAAGUCUACGAGGACUUGAUGAAGGCGGAGGAAGCUCAGCAGCCUAAAUCACAAGAAAAUGAUAUACGGAGUUGUUGCCUAGCAGAAAUUAAGCAGACAGAGGAAAAAUAUACAGAGACUUUGGAGUCAAUAGAAAAAUAUUUCAUGGCACCAUUGAAAAGAUUUCUGACGGCAGCAGAAUUCGAUUCAGUAUUUAUCAACAUUCCUGACCUUGUAAAAGUUCAUCGGAGCUUGAUGCAAGAGAUCCAUGAUUCUAUUGUAAAUAAAGGUGACCAGAACUUGUAUCAAGUUUUUAUUAACUACAAGGAAAGAUUGGUUAUUUAUGGGCAGUACUGCAGUGGAGUGGAGUCGGCCAUCUCUAACCUAGACUACAUCUCUAAGACAAAAGAAGAUGUCAAACUGAAGUUGGAGGAAUGUUCAAAAAGAGCAAAUAACGGGAAAUUCACUCUGCGGGAUUUGCUGGUCGUCCCCAUGCAGCGUGUGCUGAAGUACCACCUCCUCCUUCAGGAACUGGUCAAACACACCCAUGAUCCUACCAAGAAGGCAAACCUGAGGCUGGCUCUGGAUGCAAUGAAGGACUUGGCACAAUAUGUGAAUGAAGUGAAAAGAGAUAAUGAGACCCUUCGUGAAAUUAAGCAGUUUCAGCUAUCUAUAGAAAAUUUGAACCAGCCAGUCUUGCUCUUUGGACGACCUCAGGGAGAUGGUGAAAUCCGAAUAACCACACUGGACAAGCAUACGAAGCAGGAAAGGCAUAUCUUCUUAUUCGAUUUGGCAGUGAUUGUUUGUAAAAGGAAAGGUGAUAACUAUGAGAUGAAGGAAAUAAUAGAUCUCCAGCAGUACAAGAUAGCCAACAAUCCUACCACUGAUAAAGAAAAUAAAAAGUGGUCUUAUGGCUUCUACCUCAUCCAUACCCAAGGACAAAAUGGGUUAGAAUUUUAUUGCAAAACAAAAGAUUUAAAGAAAAAAUGGCUGGAACAGUUUGAAAUGGCUUUAUCUAACAUAAGGCCAGACUACGCAGACUCCAAUUUCCACGACUUCAAGAUGCACACCUUCACUCGGGUGACGUCCUGCAGAGUCUGCCGGAUGCUCCUGAGGGGAACAUUUUAUCAAGGCUACUUAUGCUUUAAGUGCGGAGCAAAAGCACACAAAGAAUGUUUGGGAAGAGUAGACAAUUGUGGCAGAGUUAAUUCUGUUGAACAAGGGCCAUUCAAACCACCAGAGAAGCGGACCAACGGACUCCGGCGAGCUCCCAGACAGGUGGACCCAGGUUUGCCGAGGAUGCAGGUCAUUAGGAACUACGCUGGCACCCCAUCCCCAGCUCUUCAUGAAGGACCUCCACUGCAUCUCCAGGCAGGGGACACUGUUGAGCUCCUGAGAGGAGAUGCACACAGCGCCUUCUGGCAGGGACGAAACUUAGCUUCAGGAGAGGUUGGAUUUUUCCCCAGUGAUGCUGUCAAACCAUCUCCGUGUGUACCUAAACCAGUAGAUUACUCUUGCCAACCUUGGUAUGCUGGCCCAAUGGAAAGAUUACAGGCAGAAACGGAGCUUAUUAACAGGGUGAAUAGUACUUACCUUGUGAGGCACAGGAGCAAAGAGUCUGGAGAAUACGCAAUCAGCAUUAAGUACAAUAAUGAAGCAAAACACAUCAAGAUUUUAACAAGAGAUGGCUUUUUUCACAUUGCUGAAAAUAGAAAAUUUAAAAGCUUAAUGGAGCUUGUGGAGUACUACAAGCACCACUCUCUUAAAGAAGGGUUCAGGACCUUAGAUACGACGCUACAGUUUCCAUACAAGGAGCCAGAACAUGCAGCCGGACAGAGGCCUAAUAGAGCAGGCAACAGCUUGCUAAGUCCCAAAGUACUGGGCAUUGCCAUCGCUCGGUAUGACUUCUGCGCAAGAGACAUGCGGGAACUCUCCCUGUUGAAAGGGGACAUGGUGAAGAUUUACACAAAGAUGAGUGCAAACGGCUGGUGGAGAGGAGAAGUAAAUGGCAGGGUGGGCUGGUUUCCAUCCACAUAUGUGGAAGAGGAUGAGUAAAACACAAUCCAGUCUUGCACCGAAAUUGCAGAGAAGAGAGAGACAGAAGCCUGCACCGCAUUAUGAGUUAACUGAAGUGUUUUAAAAGCAGCAUUUCUGGCUGUUGAACAUCCUCCUUUUUCUCCUCCUAAGUCUUAAUGCUGGGAUUUCUAAAGAUGCUGGUACUGACAGAUUAAUGGCUUGCCUAGAGCAGUGCAAGAAACAGCCUGCCAGUCUGUCAUUGUCAGGAACCAGGGCAAAACCAACCACUUUUCUUCCCCAAAGAGCCCUGCAAACACAUCGGAUCAGCUUUCUCUUUCUUCAUUGGGUCAGACACCAUGGAUGCCAGCCAUUAGGAAAUGUUCCAUCAUAUAUACUUUGUUCUCACAGUUUUUGAUGAUACAAAGAAACAGAAGUUUAAUUUUGCUUUUUCCCAGCAUGAAGAAAAAGUAGAGUUCUGCCAUCUGGGAAAGAUCCAGCUUGCUGGAAAGACCUAGCAUUUCUCGUCUUAAAUUGUUCAACAGGUGACUCAUUGCCUGGCAAACACUUUUAUCCCCAGAUGUUACUCAUGAUAAAAUAAAAGAGGCUCAUGCUCAGGUUUGCAUCAUAAGUGAUAAAUUACAGAGAGGGUUUUAAUUAUUCAUUUGAUGUCCUGAUUAUAUUUCCACACUUCUUUAUAAAGAAGAAAAAGAAAAGCACAUGAAAGGAAGUGUCUUUGUAUUAAAGCCUCACAACUUUCAUGAUUUCAUAGGGUGUUUUGGAAAUGUCAUGCUUGACAAGAGAAUUACGGCCAGGCAGACCAUGUUUAGUUGCCAGGAAUCCCAGAGAGGUAGAGGUGUUUGCAGAGACAGAUGAAGGGCUGUAACGCAUAAGACGUCAUUAUAUAGCUGUCAUAGCUAUUAACACAAAUUUUUCCUUACCCCUGGAAAGACCCAGGGAAUAUUUGCUGAUUUCCACUUUUUUUUUUUUUUUUAAUAGUAGCACAAAAGAGCUUUUUCGAGGAUUUGGGAAGACAAGCACACUUAGCCCUCACUACCUUUCUGGGACAGAAGGAAAAACAUCUGACUUCUGUGUUCUCUAGGCUCCUCUAUUUUUCCUCCUGAAGCCGUUUUAGCUGUGUCUUAUUCUGUCGGAAGAUCCAUUCUGCGGUGUUUCUUUCACCAAGCCUCCACUGUGUUCUGUGAGGAGUCUAAGUAUCUUCCUCCUGGGAUGUAUGGAGUCCCUACUUGAGGCAGUCAGGUUAAGAUACUAACCUGGCUCUUCCAUGGUGGACUCUUUUUUUCAUAGCAGUAGCUGUGUUAUGACAAAAUUCAAAAAAAUAUUCGUGCUUGGGCAAAAGAAAAAAGUAUUUUUAUCUUAGAAAUGACCUAGAAUUUUUUGGUCACCUCUGACAUGAAGGGGCUGUGACAGCUUGUUCUCUCUCAGCUCACAGGAGUGCCAGAAUUUGUUUGGUGGACACAUCUCCCUCAAGGAGACCCAACGCGUGGGGGCGAGGACUUCUCCUUUAAAUAGACUCGAGACCUUUACCUCAGAAUUAUGUAAACUGUGAUUGUGUUUCAGAACCAUUGAGCUUUUGUAUAUGUGUAUGUGGUCAUGAAAAUGUAUUUUGUAAAAUGUUUGUACAGUCAGCUUGUGCUGGCAAGCUCUGCUCUUGGGAUGGAUUCCUACCUGUACGGUCUUAUCUGUGUCUUAGGGAUGUUUUGUCUGUUACUGUCAGCAAGGGUUGCUCUGGAGAGUACAGCUUCCCACAGAUUGAAACACUCCUGUGUACAGUAUUGUAGCAUGUAUUGUUCAUUUUGGUCAAUAGACUCCCUGCCUCACAAGUGGUAUGUGGUCUUCCUGUUGCAUUUCAUUGGCCUCAGAGUUUCAUAGCAGAGGACAUAAAGAGCCUCUUUUCAUGACAUUACCAAUGAGAACUUUGUCUACAUUUAAUACUUUGUAUUGAAGAUUUUAAAUGUCACGAUCUGUGUAGAUUUCUAAUACCAAAGACAGACGUAAGUGUUUUCCAUGGACUUUGUCAUGCCUGUCUGUAGCCCCCAUGUAAUAUGGUGAGUUAGAAUGGUGGUUUACUUUGUAAUAUUUGUAAAUAUGUCAAUAAAAUAGUUACUACUUGCAUUAA